AAUUGGCCAGCCCGGUGUGAAGUCAUUUCUCACAGGACUCAUCAGCGUAUAACAGUGAGAUCAAAAACUCUCGCCGAAAAUAUCUUUUCGAGUGUCUUAGAAGUUUUCAAGUAAUCCAUAAUUAAAAUGCGUGAAUGUAUCUCCAUCCAUGUUGGACAGGCUGGUGUCCAGAUUGGCAACGCCUGCUGGGAAUUGUACUGUUUGGAGCACGGUAUCCAGCCAGAUGGCCAGAUGCCCAGUGACAAGACCAUCGGAGGUGGUGACGACUCUUUCAACACCUUCUUCAGCGAGACUGGUUCAGGGAAACACGUCCCAAGAGCGGUCUUCAUUGACCUGGAGCCAACAGUAGUCGAUGAGGUCCGUACUGGUAUGUACCGCCGGCUCUUCCACCCGGAGCAGCUCAUCUCCGGGAAGGAAGACGCCGCCAACAACUACGCCCGUGGUCACUAUACCGUUGGGAAAGAAAUGAUUGACCUAGUCCUGGACAAGCUCAGAAAGUUAUCCGACCAGUGCACCGGUCUCCAGGGCUUUCUGCUCUUCCAUUCGUUCGGAGGCGGCACCGGAUCUGGCUUCUCGUCUCUCCUAAUGGAGCGUCUCUCCGUCGACUAUGGCAAGAAAUCAAAGUUAGAGUUCGCCAUCUAUCCCGCACCGCAGAUCUCCACCGCUGUCGUUGAGCCGUACAAUUCGAUUUUGACGACCCACACCACCCUGGAGCACUCGGACUGUGCCUUCAUGGUCGACAACGAAGCCAUCUACGAUAUCUGUCGCCGGAACCUCGACAUCGACAGGCCAACCUACACCAACUUGAACCGGCUGAUGGGACAGAUCGUCAGCUCCAUCACCGCUUCCCUCCGUUUCGAUGGCGCUCUCAAUGUCGACCUGACUGAGUUUCAGACCAACUUAGUGCCCUACCCACGAAUCCACUUUCCCCUGGCAACAUACGCACCAGUCAUCUCGGCGGAGAAGGCUUACCACGAGCAAAUGACGGUUUCGGAGAUCACUAACACUUGCUUCGAGCCAGCCAACCAGAUGGUGAAGUGUGACCCGCGACACGGAAAGUAUAUGGCAUGCUGCUUGCUGUUUCGUGGUGAUGUCGUCCCGAAAGACGUCAAUCAAGCCAUCGCUACCAUCAAGACCAAACGGUCUAUCCAGUUCGUAGAUUGGUGUCCAACAGGUUUCAAGGUCGGCAUCAACUACCAGCCACCAACCGUCGUCCCUGGUGGUGACUUGGCCAAGGUCCAGCGUGCCGUCUGCAUGUUGAGCAACACCACUGCCAUCUCUGAAGCCUGGGCCCGCCUCGACCACAAGUUUGACUUGAUGUACGCCAAGCGCGCUUUUGUCCAUUGGUAUGUCGGUGAGGGUAUGGAAGAGGGAGAGUUCUCUGAGGCCCGUGAGGACUUGGCUGCCCUUGAGAAGGAUUAUGAAGAGGUCGGUGUAGAUUCGAUCGAACCAGGAGAUGGCCCAGUGGAAGGAGAGGAGUAUUGAGAACUCUUCGUUAAGUUUGUCACUUUUUCCACAAUGUGCUAUUAUGAACAUUCUAAUGACCACGGAUGUGUAGAGCACUACAUCUGUGUAAUGACUAAUGGGAUUCUGUCGUUGCUGCGCUGACCUUUUCAUGGGAAGCGCUACAUUAUUUUUUCUUUUAGAGCAUGUGUUAAUACGUUUCCUUUUAUUGAAAUAAACUUAAGUACAACAAAAUCCGCGAGAAUAAUUUGGCUGUACAGGAAUGGGAUUCUACAUGUAUUGUUGAUGCGGUGACCUUUUUUACUGGAAGCCCACAUUAUGUUUUCUUCUUUUAGUUAAAUAUUUCUUUUUAUUUGAAUAA